AUGAAAGAUCUACAAGAAAAAAAGUUUACUAACCAAUUCCAAAAGAUUAGUAAAAGUCUACAAGGCUUACUAGAAAAGGUCGAAAGAUCAGAAGUUCACUUAUUAAUAAAUGCUGAAAGACAAGAGGAAAGUCAAAAAGUUCUCCAAAACCAUCGAAAGACAGGAGAAAAGUCCAUAAGACAGUUCUUCAAAACUACCAAAAACAAGAAAAUCCACAAUAAAGUUCUUCAACAAAUGAAAGAUCCACAAGAAAAAAGUUCACCAACCAAUUCCAAAAGAUUAACAAGAGGAAAGUCUGCAAGAAGUUCUCCAAAAAUGUCGAAAGACAGGAGGAAAGUCCACAAGACAGUUCUUCAAAACUAUCAAAAACAAGAAAAUCUACAAGAAAAUUCUUCAACGAACAAAAGAUCUAUGAGAAAGUUCACCAAACAAUUCUGA